AUGUUGAGCAGUCUCGGGCGACUAGAUUGGGGUACACUUCUAAAAAAGUCUCCGCGGCUAAAAAUCUAUUUUGCAGGCGGCAAGUUUAAUUUCGAGUCCCAGGAGGCGCUGCGUCUCUUGGUAGAAACCCAGCUCGAGCUCUACUGUGGCCUUAAAAUAGCUUUGUCGCCAGGGUUCUUGGUACCCCGUUUAGCUAACCGUUUGGACUACUUGCUAUGGAUAAAACAGCUGACGGGCGAAAACUCGGCAGGCAUUGAUUUGGGAGUUGGCGGGAACUGCAUAUAUCCACUUUUGGGGAGCCUGAUAGGAUUGACCAUGGUCGGGGUGGACAUAGAUCCUGAAGCAAUUGAGGCAAGCAAGACUAUCUCGAAGCAGGCUGGCCUGGACAUUGACCUGCGGCUGGUUGAUGCCAAUCAGAUGGCCGGUGUUGCAUCCCAAAUCAGCCCCCGCCCUAAGUUCCUGAUCUGCAAUCCUCCUUUUUUUGCUGAUAGCAGCGACAGAGCAGAAAAACCACCCAGAACUCUGGUUGCUCGAGAUAGUGAGCUUUACACAUCUGGAGGCGAACUUGAAUUUGCCCAAAAACUUUUCGCGUCAUCUAGAUCUGCUGGGCUCGAAUGGACGAGCAUAAUGCUAGGCAAGAAAAGCUCAUUGGAGCCAUUGAUCGACCACAUUGUCGCAAAUAACGCCCACCACGCUGUGCAUGUAAUUGCUCAUGGUAAGACGCGCCGGUGGGUGGUGGCAUGGUCUUUCUCUGAACGGGCCCCUGAUGCCUUAGGUCGAAGUUGCAGAGUACAGCGAAAGCUCAAUCCACCGAAAACCCAGCGAGUUCUGCGCACAACCCUGGAGUUCGUGGAAUCAACCCUCGAGAAUUUAGAAGGCUCCGUGCAAAAAGGCGAUCUCAUCGUGUACCAUGCGCCUGGGAUCGUUUGGUCGCGUGCAUACAGGCGCAGCCAGCGGCUACUCGGAAGCCCUGCAGCUAUCGAGUUUCAACAGAUAAACGAUGGUCAAAUAUCUAUGAAAUUGGUGACUGGUGAUAUAGCAGCCUUUAACAGCCUGGUCACAUUUCUCGAAAGAGCUAUUAAUCAAUAA